AGACUAUACACACAAGUAGGUUGUAUACACAUUCGACACGACACGACUCUCAUCCGUGAGAAAGAAGAAGAAGAAGACGAAUCACACGGAACCUCUGUCUGUCCAAUCCAAUCCAUAAAAGAUGGCAUCUUUCAUUGUUUUAAACGCUUUCCGUCGGAAAAAACAAGGAAUCUCAUCCACUAUGGUCUCUCUAUACUCCUCCUCUACCAUCAUCAAAGCUUCUUUCCAUUCUUCGUUUCCUCCCCCUCUCCGAUCACCACCAUCAUCAUCACUCUCUGUUGGAUCUCAUACUCAGCUUGGAAAGCACGAUCACUCCCUAGUCGCUGCUGCUUCUGGUGGUGUCUCCAUGUCAACAAACAGAGAUUCUCACGGAUCGUCUUCACACGUUGCUGAACCAUUCUUCAGAAGCGUAUUAGGGCAGAUGGAAACGGUUUACCUAAACCGGAACCCGACUCCUAGAUCCGUUUUGGACCUUGUCAGAUCCGUUGACGACGAGCAGCUUUGCUAUGAUCAUCUCGCUUUCAGGACCUUUGGGAUUGGCGGUUAUGGGAUUGACUCGCUUGCAAGUUUUUUCCUUGACUAUGGGUAUACCCAAAUGGAUGAGCUGAGGUUUCCGGCCAAAAAGCUCAGAGCUUUGUGGUUUGCGCCUCCUCAUGCUUCUGCUGUUCUUGGUGGAAGUGGUGUAAAUGGUCCUUUACCAAGAGUUUUUAUCUCAGAGCUUCUAGUUGAGCAGAUGAGUUCACAGACUCAGGAUGUGAUCAGAAAAUACACCGAAACAUCGCCUAAUGGGAAAAAGUAUGCUGCUCUCUCUAGUGCUUUGGGUAGUCUGCCCUGGGAAAAGCCUCAAUCUUCCGAGUUUGAACAAUUGGCUAGGGAAAGUGAAUACGCAGCAUGGACACUUGCCAACGGGUAUGCACUUAACCACGUCACUAUCUCUGUCCAUCGCCUUAAAUCUCAUCUCAACAAAAUCAAGAAGCUCAAUCAGUUCCUUGAAGAAAAAGGUUUUAAAUUGAACUCAGAAGGAGGAGUCCUUAAAGUUAGUCCUGAUGGUGGUUUGCUGCAAAGCUCAACUGUAGCAGACUCGAUUUCUUUCAAGUUCUCUGAUGGAGUCACCAAACCUAUCCCUUGUUCGUACAUUGAGUUUGCUGAACGCCUCGUGCUUCCCCAGUUUCAAAAUGUACCCGAAAGCGAGAUAAAGGAGUCUCAUCGGCGAGAUGGAUUUGAGGUGGGAAAUGCAGACAAGAUCUUCGAGAGCACAAACCAGGAACAGCUUUCCCGUAGACGAACCGGGUGAUGAGCAGGGCUUUGGCCAUAUGUUCGUUUCAUCAUGCCUUUGUACAUACACGUGUGUAGAAUAAGAGCUGAAACUGUUUGUAAUGUUGUUAAUCACUAAAGAUAAAACUAAUCCAAAAAUCCCCAACUA